GUCCCCUUUCGUCUCGUUAGCUCGCUCGUCACGUCUCGACGCCGUUGCGUUAGCAAUGGCGCCCGUGCUGUUCCCGUGGCUGGCAUGGCUGCUCGCCUCCCUCGUCGCCGCCUACCUCCUCGGCCUCCUCGGGCACGGCCGCCGCCGGCGUGGCCUGCCGCCGGGACCCCGCCCGCUGCCGGUCAUCGGCAGCCUCCACCUGCUCGGCAACCAGCCGCACCGCUCCCUGGCGCGCCUCGCCAGGACCCACGGCCCGCUCAUGUCCCUCCGAAUGGGCUCCGUCACCACGGUGGUCGCCUCCUCCCCGGCUGCCGCCCGGGAGUUCCUGCAGAGGCACGACGCCGCCUUCAGCAACAGGUCCGUGCCGGACGCCCCGGGGGACCACGCCAGGAACUCCUCCGUCUGGCUCCCGAACGCGCCCCGCUGGCGCGCGCUCCGCAAGAUCAUGGGCACCGAGCUCUUCGCGCCGCACCGACUCGACGCGCUCCAGCACCUCCGCCGCGAGAAGGCGCAGGAGCUCGUCGACCACGUCGGCCGGCUUGCUCGGAGCGGGGAGGCUGUCAACGUCGGCCGCGUGGCGUUCACCACGAGCCUGAACCUCGUGUCCCGCACCAUCUUCUCGCGCGACCUGACGAGCCUCGACGACGACGGCGGGUCCAAGGAGUUCCAGGAGGUGGUGACGGACAUCAUGGAGGCCGCGGGCUACCCCAACAUCUCCGACUACUACCCGGCGCUCGCGGCCGCCGACCUGCAGGGGUGGCGGCGGCACCUGGCGCGGCUGUUCGCGCGGCUGCACCGGAUCUUCGACGAGGAGAUCGACGGGAGGCUGCGCGCCCGCGAGGCCGGCGGCGAGCCCAGGAAGAACGACUUCCUCGACCUGCUGCUCGACGCCGCCGAGGACGGCGACAACACGGCGGGGCUGGACCGCGACACGCUCCGGUCACUGUUCACGGAUUUGUUUUCUGCUGGGAGUGACACAAGCUCUAGUACAGUGGAAUGGGCAAUGACAGAGUUGCUUCAAAGCCCAACUUCGAUGGCUAAAGCUUGCGAUGAACUUGCUACAGUUAUUGGCUCAAGAAAAAGCAUUGAAGAAUCUGAUAUUGGCCAGCUGCCCUAUCUUCAAGCCGUGGUGAAGGAAACUUUUAGACUACAUCCUCCUGCCCCGUUGUUGCUACCACGACAUACUCAGGCUGACAUAAAAAUAAUGGGGUACACAAUUCCUCAAGGCUCUCGUGUGUUCAUAAAUGUAUGGGCAAUGGGCCGAGACAAAGAGACAUGGCCUGAACCUGAGAAGUUUAUGCCCGAGAGAUUCUUGGGAAAGACAGUUGAUCUCAGAGGUGGGGACUUCGAUCUCAUCCCAUUCGGUGGAGGACGUCGGAUCUGCCCAGGAAUGCCAUUGGCAAUAAGGAUGGUGCAUCUACUUCUUGCAUCACUGUUAAAUCAGUUCACAUGGAGGCUUCCUGCUGAGGUUGAAAGAAAUGGAGUUGACAUGGCUGAAAAGUUUGGCCUGACACUAACCAAGGCUGUGCCUCUUUGUGCUAUAGCCACACCAAUUUGAGUCAGCAAGUCACUCUAUGUAUCUUGAACAACCGUUUGGUUGUUCUUCCAUUGAUCGAAGUAUCUAUUAGGGAUUUAUACCAUCAUCCAACUUAUGUAACUUUAUGAAAUUGGAGGGAUCAUCCAUCUUAAUUCCUUAAAUAUGUGUUGUGCAUAA